CAGAAGCUUCCUCUUUUCUUUCUUCCUCUUGCAUCCAUGUGCCACGUCGAGGGCUUGUUGCUCACACGAUUGGCCCUUUUUUUUUUUGUGUGUGUGUGUGUGUGUGUGUGACAAGGACGCACACAUGCAUCGUGCCGUUUGCCUAUGGUUUAAGCAACUGGUGGGCAUUGGGCAGAAAGGAGGGGCUGGAUGGAGCUCCAAAGAAUAUGGCCCCGUCAUAGGAGUGCAAGAUGUUGUAGACUUGCUUGUAUUCCUGCAACCUGUUUCUACCUGCAUUUUCUCCUAUCUCAGGGUCAAUUUGCACCUCAUGUGUAUAUAUAGGUCGCCGUGGAAGCUAAGGCCGGUGAGCUGCAGGGAGAGGAACAAACGUCGCGACGAGCCGUUCUGCUGCUGGCAGUGGUUGCACGGCCGCGCCUCCCUUUCGCCGUCGCGCGGUUUAUCGGUCUAUGAAUCUCAAAAGCAGCCGCAAAUUCCCAAUUCUGGACGCCGUUCCACCAGUGGAAAUAUUCUGCAAAUGCCCGGCGAUAAGUGAUUCCGAGGUCAGAUCGAUUCUUGCUCGAUAGUCGGCUUCUUGGCGGUCGACCGGCCGGAGGACUCUGUCGUCGUCGUCGUCGCCGCGUGCGGUAGGGAGACGGGCAGCGAAGUCAAAGCAUGCGGGAAGGGAAGGGGGAGCUGUGUGUGCAUGCACCUCGCUCGCUCGCUCGGAAAAGCAGUGCAAAGGGAAAAGGGUAAAGCGCUUGCUUGCUUGCUUUAGGUGCUACUGGUAGCUAGCCCUGCUGGCUGGCUUGCUUCCUUGGUUUUCUGCAAGUGCUAUCCUCAGCGUCAUCUGAAUGAUGCUUUUUCUUUUUUUUGCGGGGAAUCUGAAUGAUGCUUUUGGGACGUUCAUAUUUCAUUUUGAUUGAAGGGCAAAAAUUACCUUGCUUGACUUUAUUUUAUUC